AUGCCAACGAUACCCGACAUUGUGAUCGAGGAAGAGCUCAAGGACGACGAUGUCGUGGGCCAUGUGACCACAACCAAGCGGACAAGUACGCGGCUACGCAUCCCGCUGGUGCGGAGUGCAACUGUCGGCGCCCUUGCCGCGCCGUCCCAUACCAAGACCCACAAGACCAAAACGUCUACACCCAAGAAGAAAAAAGACUCCCAACAUACGCCAUCGCACAAGAAGACGAUUUCGCACGGCACCAACUGGGACAUUGGUCUGGUCAACAAGAGCUGGGAGAUCCCAGCUGAUGUCAAGAGCGCACUGCCUGCGCUCGCACGCUCCAACUUGCGCCGCGCGAGCCGGCCCAACACGGUGCCUCUCUCAGCCGAAGAGCGCUUCUUGCGAGCUACGAAGCUCGCGGUCCCAACACACAAAGUCACAGGCCUUCCACUCGAUCUGCUGCCCGACGUCCCCAUCUACCUCGAAGAUAUCAAGGACGAUAUCCGCACCAAGCUCACGCCCGACGACCGCCGCAAGUACUUUGGAGAUGCGGGCAAGCACGACAUGCGCUUGGUCGCGGCCAAGCUCGGUCGACAAAUGUACAUGCACCACGGCAGCCUCCCCGACUUUAUCGCUGCAAAUCCAGUGAUCGAGCAGCUGGAGGCCUCGGACGAGAUCCACGGGCUCUUCUCUGGCCAGCUCUCGGCGCGGCACAAGUUCAUUGCGCUGAGCUUGGCGCAGAAGCUGCCGCUGUCCGUGCGCCUCUUGAUCCGCAACACCGUGUCGCCGCACUUGAACGUGUCGCACAUGGGCAUGGGCGACGAAAUGGCCAAAGUAUUUGCGCAGUGUGUGCUGGAGUUGCCCAUGGUGACGAGCCUCAACAUUCGUAACAACCGCCUCACCGACCCGGGACUUGACGCAAUCGUGAGUGUCGUGACGCACAAGCGCGACCUUGUCUGCCUCGAUAUUUCCGAAAACAAGGUGGAUGGCGACGCGGCCGCCGCACUCGCCGAGGACGUGGGCUCCAAGCAAUGCGCACUCCAAGAGCUCUGCAUGGCCACAUGCGAUAUUGACGACGGCGAAGUUCAAGGCUUUGCCAACGCGCUGCACACCAAUACAUCCCUUACGACGCUCGUCUUGUCACGCAAUCUCAUCGGCAAAUCGGAGAUGCUGAAUGUCGUCCAGCCCGACCUGAUCACUGGCGGCGAGGCCAUUGCGAGCAUGCUCUGCAACAACAACCGGCUAACCAAGCUCGAUUUGUCGUGGAACAUGCUGCGCCUCAACAGCGCCGUCGAGAUCGGCAAGGCGCUGGCGGUCAACAAUGGUCUGCGGGAGCUCAAUUUGGCCUACAACGCGUUCGGGAACCACGGCACGCAGUCCGUGGGCAUGGCGCUGCGUAAAAACAACUGCCUCCAAGUGCUGGACCUGAGCCACAACAACAUUCCUUGUGAAGCGGCGUUUGUAAUAGCCCAAGCACUCAAAGUGAACGAUACAAUCACCAAUAUCGUGCUCGAUGGGAAUCCGCUGGGAAAGAUCGGCGGCCAAUCGCUUCUCCACGCCGUCGCGAGCAGCGCCAACCACGCGCUGUCCAUCUCGAUGGCGAGCUGCAAUUUCGACCUCUUUGACCCCAACACGUUUAAUCCUGACGAAGCCACGGGCAACUACGACCUCAACAUGAUUAUUCCGUACGAGCGCUCGAUCAUGCUCGAGCUGCUGCGCUGUGCCGAGACCAAGACGGGCUGCAAGUUCAUUUCGAUCGUCCACGUUGUCGACAAGACGUCGCGCCCGCUACAGAUCGAAGUGCGCGAUGUCGUCACGGCCACGGGCGAGGCGCUUCGGCACCGCAACUCGGUCGCGCGCCGGGGCACACUCCUUCGCCGGACCAUGUGCAAAGAGAGCCUGGUCCAGCUCUUCCAAGAGCUUGAUAAAGACAACUCGGGCAACAUUGAUGCCAAGGAGCUCGAAAGCGGCAUGGCCAAGAUGGGCAUCCCGACCGAGCCCGGGGAGGCCGCACGCUUGAUCUCUCGCUUUGACAUAGAUGGCUCGGGCACGGUCGAAAUCAACGAGUUCAUCGAGCUCAUGGCCGUCUUUGAUGUCGCGCCGCGGCCCAAGAAGCAGAUCGUCGAUGCGGUGACCAACCAGCCGUUCGAGGUGCCGUCGUCGGGUCGGCUCCUUGUGGACUUUCUGGAUCUGCACAUUCCAACGGAGAGCACGGAGGCGCACACGCGCGAGUCCAUUGCGCACUUGAUUCGGAACCUCAAGGGCAACAACGCGCACGUGCAGAUGCUCUCGAUCGCCAAGAACGGGCUCUACUUUCGGGAGCGCGAGGCGCAGCUCAUCAUCGACUCGGUCCUCGACGGCAGCGACCUCGUUGAGGCGAUGGCGUCCAUUCUGCCGCACAUGAUUGACGCGUCGAACGCGUGCCAGCUCAUCGAGUGCAACUUGGCCGACACGACCCAGCGACUCCGACUGCAGUAUUCGCUGCGCUUUGCGUAUGGCCCGAUCGUCGGCUUGAGCUCGGGGCACUAUCGGCUCGAGAUGGCCGAGCCAUUGGACCGCAUCGCCGCCAAGAAGCUCAUGGAGAUCAGCAACAAGACUAUGCUUUGGAAGAAGAAGUACGAGCUCCUCGACACGUCGCAGCAUGCCAACUAUCAGUGUUUUCGCAACGAGACGUUCAACGGCAAGCCGGUGGUUCUCGAAAAUGCUUUUUGCGACAAGAUCCCCAAGUUUGGCGUCCUUGAGUUUGACUUUGUGCACAUGUCGAGCCGACCCGUGCCACAACAGAGCAAAUUCCAAUCGAUCGAGCCCAUGUCAACCAAGCGGUUUGCGCAAUUUCUCGAGCGGAUGCAUGCCGUGGGCCUCGAUCCCGAGCCGCACACGGAGCUGCCGCGGGCAUAUGGCACGCUAACGCCGACCGUCUUCGAGCACCUUCUCAAGAUGCAGCGGAACGCGCAGUACAACGACUACUUGUCCGGGCUCGCGGCGUUUACCGAGGUCGAGCUCCACGGCGCCAAGGUGACAAUCUCGGUCCGGCGCCUCAUCAUGGAGCUGCAGUACCUUCUGUCGUCGCGCUGGAUCAGCGUCAAGCAGUGCCUUCGGAUGCUCUGCAUGUGGCCGCGGGCCUUUAAAGCCGCGCGCGUCGAUGUGAUUUUGAUGCUCAUCGACCGCGUUGUCGACCUCUACAGCGUGCCGCAGAUGUUUGCGCUACUGACCGAGCGAGAGCUGGCCGAGCUCAUCUUUCGCUAUGGCUGGCUCAACUUGUGGUCGCCACUCGCGCCCGACAUUUACUACGAGCUCGACAUGGCCAUCUACGAGCAGCGCGAAGUCGCCAAGAUGCUCGUGACGCUCGCACUUGCCGAACCUGCACGCGACGCUCGACCCGUUGCAGGCGACAAUUGGCUCAACGAGACGUACGGCUGGAGUCGCGGCGACCCGAUUCCUGGCUGGCAGCUCAACCAGAGCUGGCUUGGCGAAAACGCAUUUCCAGAAAAAGGCUACUUGACGCUCCACUACUACUCGGGCGCCGACCGCGGCUGCGGACCGGUCUGGCACGUGCGGGUCAACUUGUGCAAACACGUGCUCUCGAUGCCGCCCGAAGGCGCCAAGCUGCAAGAAUUCAUCCACCACUCGAUGCAGCUCGAGCUGCGCACGGUGCGCGACCUUACAGCGCGCCCCGCGGCCACGAACCCGCCGACGGCCGCCAAGCGCAAGUAG